AUGCCACGCAAGGCGAUCUUUGACUUCCAUCCAAAGCCAUACGAUGCUGUCUCAACAUUUUCGCAAUUCCUGAAUGCUGUCACUCAAAGUGUGAGAUGUGGUCCAGGAGCUCAGCAAUACAUCACAUUCCAACCCGAAGUAGCUUUUGGCCUCCAUGGUGUAGAGAUGCUUAUUUUCACUACUAAGGAAAAGCAAAAAGGAAACGGCCCAGCCGGAAUCUACCACGCUGCUGGGAACCGGAUCCAAACAGGGCACGGCAAAGUCAAAGCAAAAGUCAAAGCAGGCCCGCGAACGGCGGUUCUUGAUUCUCGCAGCAAAACUGGGUUUCUUCUCCCUUCAUUCUCCUUUGCCGCAGAGUGCGGAACCACAGAAGAGAACGGCGUCCUGUUAGCGUGGAAGAAUCCUCGCCGUGUCCCCGUUGGGCCAUGCCUGGAGCCGGUUAGCCCGCCGCCACGGCCCCUGGCCCGGCGAUUUGCGUGA